AUGGGUUUCUUCAACAGGCGAACAGCCGCCGCCGACCCCAACACCACAGCCGCAACAGGCACCCACGAGAAGAAGCCGGGCAUCUUCUCCAAGCGCAACCAUGGAGCUGCGGCGACGCACCACAAUGGCACCCCAGCUUGGAACACUCGCCCCACGUUCGGACAGUGGAUCAAAGCUACUGCCCUCGACAUCAUCACCAUGGCUGCCAUGGGGGCCAUUGGCUUGGGCGUCUACAUGGCACACCCUGCCCCUUCACGGAGCUUCCCUGUCAUCUUCUCUGACGGCGAGAUUGUCUACCCCGAAUUCGCCUACCCACUUCGCAAUGAGAUUGUUCCCAUCUGGGCCGCAGCGCUCAUGGCAGCCUUGAUCCCAAUCGCCGUCUUCCUCAUCUGCCAGAUCCGCAUCCGCAGUUUCUGGGACGUCAACAACGCCACCAUUGGUCUCCUUUAUGCCCUCAUUACCGCAGCCGUCUUUCAGGUCUUCGUCAAGUGGCUCAUCGGCGGUCUCCGCCCCCACUUCCUCGCCGUCUGCAAGCCCGUCAUCCCCCAGAGCAUGCGUCCUCAGGGCAACGUCGCCAACGGCUACCGCCAGAUCAUGUUCGACCGCAGCAUCUGCACGGGUGACGAGAAGGAGAUCAACGACAGCCUCGAGUCUAUGCCCUCGGGCCACACGACGGCUGCUUUUGCUGGAUUCGUCUAUCUCUACCUUUACCUCAACGCUAAGCUUAAGGUCUUCUCUAACUACCACCCUGCUAUGUGGAAGCUCAUUGUCAUCUACGCCCCAAUUCUGGGCGCAUGCUUGAUCGGCGGAGCCCUUACCAUCGACGAGUACCACAACUGGUACGACAUUCUCGCUGGUGCUGUUAUUGGUACCGUCAUGGCUUUCUCCGCAUACCGCAUGACCUACGCCUCUGUGUGGGACUUCCGCUUCAAUCACAUCCCCCUCGUCCGCAACGCCCCCUUCAUCUAUGGCGCCGGCCCUUCUACCUUCGACGGCUUCCACAGCGCCACCUUCACCCGCAAGGCUGGUUGGGGCGAGCACGACGGCUCAGCCUGGGGCGGUGCUCCUGGCGACGCUGCCGAUGGUCCCCGUGGAAACAUGGCCCAGGCCGCCGGCGCUGUUGACUCUGCUGCCCACGGUGCUGCCAAUGGACGUGGUACCCAUGGUGGCGUUGUCGGCACCGGUGGACACUCUGCAGGCCACUCUAUUGAUCGCCGCCCUGUGGCUGGAAGCCGUAUGGGCGAGCAGAUGGUCUAG